AAGAAUUAGGAAAUUAAUUUGAGCUUCGGGUUGUGUCCUUGAUAUUCCGGAAUGAUUUUGUUCCCUUCGGCGUUUUUCAAGUUCUUAUAGGAAAAAGUUUGUGAAGGAGUAUUAAGUGCUCACUCUUCCCUCUCUCCUGAAGAAAAUAUACAAGACGUCAACAAGAAAAAAUGAUUCCCCAGGGGCUUGAAGCUAACGGACACAAUCUAUGAGUUACCUCUUCGCUUCGUCACCAACUGUAGUAGAAUAGAGAGCUUACUAUAGUGAACAAGAAUUCUGUCUCUGCCUUGGUGGAUCGUAAUCAGGAGAUAACUGCACCUGCUACUUGCGACAUGUCACCGAAGAAGAAGGAGAAGCUUCUUUCAACUGCCAUGAAGAGAACUAGUGAAUGGGUUUUCUCUCACGAGAUUCCAAGUGAUAUUACAGUUCAAGUAGCAGAAACUUCCUUUUCAUUGCAUAAGUUUCCAUUAGCCUCUAAGUGUGGAUACAUUAGGACGCUCAUCUCAGAAUCUAGCGGUACUGAUGUUUCCAUCAUUAAACUCCAUGAUGUCCCUGGUGGGGCAGAAGCGUUUGAACUGGCAGCGAAAUUCUGUUACGGGAUAAAUUUUGAGAUGAGCAUAGCGAACAUAGCUACUCUUCGCUGUGUAGCAGAGUAUCUUGAGAUGACAGAGGAUUACUCUGUUAGAAACCUCGUGGGAAGAACCGAUGCUUAUUUGAAAGAAGUGGCACUUAAGAGUCUUCCGGGGGCAGUAUCUGUCUUACAUAAUUCAGAGAACCUUUUUCCUAUAGCAGAGAGAACAAAACUGGUGAGCCGAUGCAUAGAUGUCAUUGCAUAUAUAGCAUGCAAGGAAAGCCAAUUCUGUACUUCUAUAGAUGAGAGUGGCAGAGAGGGUAUAACAUCUUCCAUGGCGUCUCACCAGAGGGACGUAGUUGAUUGGUGGGCUGAGGAUCUAACGAUUCUUAGAAUAGACAUUUUCCAGCGAGUACUCAUUGCGAUGAUGGCCAGAGGGUUUAAACAGUCUGCUCUUGGUCCUAUUCUGAUGCUGUAUGCGCAGAAAUCUCUACGAGGUUCGGAAUUAAUGGUAAAGGGAAGGAAGAAGAUUGAGGCUGGAGAAGAGCACGAGAAGAGGGUUAUUUUAGAGACAAUAGUGAGUCUUUUGCCAAAGGAGAUGAAUGCAAUUUCAGUGAGCUUUCUUUCUAUGCUGCUUCGGGCAGCAAUAUAUCUCGAAACAACGGUUACUUGCAGGCUUGAUUUGGAAAGGAGGAUGGCGAUGAAGUUAGGGCAGGCUGCUUUGGAUGAUCUUCUUAUUCCUACUUAUUCACUCACAGGAGAUACAUUGUUUGAUGUGGAUACAGUGCAGAGAAUCUUGAUGAAUUACCAUGAAUAUGAUACGGGAAUAAACUUGGACUCCGGUGUAGAUAGUGAAUACUUUUCUACUCCGUAUUCAGACGUGGAUCGCGUGGGAAAGCUAAUAGAGAGCUAUCUAGCAGAAAUAGCCACUGAUCGUAAUUUACCAGUUACAAAAUUCGUGAGCCUUGCUGAACUUAUCCCGGAACAAUCAAGGUCAGUGGAAGAUGGGAUCUAUAGGGCCACAGACAUCUAUCUCAAGGCUCAUCCUGCUCUAAGUGAUACGGAAAGGAAGAAAGUUUGCAGCGUCAUGGACUGUCAGAAGCUGUCUCGGGAGGCUUGCUCCCAUGCUGCUCAAAAUGAUCGUCUUCCUGUUCAGACUAUGGUUCAAGUUCUUUACUAUGAACAGCAACGUCUUCGCGAUGCCAUGGAAGGCUCUCCUUCUGCACCUUCCAAGUUCAAUCUAUACUCUGCUGAUUCGGAUCACUUUUCAAAUGACCUCUCCUACUUACAAAAAGAAAAUAAGGAGCUAAAAACAGAACUAGUGAAAUUGAACAUGAAACUAAGAGAGAUUAAUAAAUCCACGUCAACGACUGCAGUUAGCAGCCCUGCUUCAAAUGCUUCACCUUCUGCUGAUAAGCUUUCUAUGCCUCGAAAGUCCCUCUUAAAUUCUGUGUCUAAAAAACUGCUUGCAAGGCUUUCUCCUUUUCUGCGAGCCAAAGAUCAUACAAAACCCAGUAAAAAUCGACGCCAUUCUAUAUCCUAAGACCAUUGAAGAAAUUCUCAAGUGCACUAGAGUGCGAGAAGCCAAAUGCAGUUCAUGAAAGUCUGUGUGUGAGUGAAUUUUGCCACUGUAACACCCAUUUUAUUGAGCUUUUAUUAGCACUUCGCCUUACGCUGUGUAAUAAGUGUGCCGCAGAAAUUUUACUCUGUUUGUGUGAUGCUCCUAUAGAUUAUAUCACCAUGGUUUUUUUCCUUUCAUUCAGAACCAAAUUGUGAAGGCUACCAGGCUAGUGCUAAUGAAGUUGAAUUUCUGGGUGAGUACUUAAAUUGCAGUCCUGCUGUUUAUUGAUAAUAACACGCCAAUACAAGAAUGAUUCUCUGAU